UACAAUACGCGCAGCUUCUGGGUUCUGGCUAUGUCAGUAGUCCGGCCACGACGGUGCGCCUGCUUGUCCGCCACGUGGACCUGUGUGGUGGUCCUCGCUUUAUGCUUAGCUGCUCUUGGCAGAAUUGACGGCAAUGAGAACGGAGGUCGGCUCUGCACAGGCCCUGGAUGUGUUGACGGGGUCGACCCCUCAUACCAGGAUGAAGUGACCAGGAUACGCCGUACUAUCGAUGACAACGAAAUAUCUCAGGACACCGACGCGUUCCACUGGAAACUUGGUGACAUCGGCAUCGUAUCUGACAAACUGAGCGUUUAUAAGGAUAGCGAAGGCGACUACAAGGCAGUUGAAGAUGUGAAAUUUGAAUCUGAUAACGCGGAUGGCGCUCUUGAGAGUACAUACACUAUUGAUUUGCAGCCUCAGGACUCAAAGAGUGUUGGUAACAAACAGAAAAUCGUUUACAGUUACCCGUAUGUCGUCUUUCGGAGAAUCGGUGAUGGGAGGAAGGUGGUGGGUAACGAAGAUGCGAUUUACAAGGACGGCACCUCGUACGUUGUAUUUGGAAAUUCUGACGAAGGCACUGAACAUCAUGACGGAUGGGAGUCCGAAAAUGUUCACUCACAUUCAGCCAGUGACAAAACUGGGAGCGGAGAAAUGUUCCACGAUAUUCUGAAUGACUUCUUGAAAACCAUAACAUCCAUAAAUCUCACUCCACAUGAAGAGUCAACACCAACCAUAACAUCCAUAAAUCUUACUCCACGUGAAGAGUCAACACCAGACAAACGAAACGAAAUGUCGAAUGCCGUGAAGGUAGCGCUUGAAAUAAUAAAGGAGCUGUUUACCAACCCCAGUGAGAUGCAGAAAAACGUCGGCAGUGUUCCCAGGGAGUCUAUAAAUUCAGGAACCUUUCUUAACGGAAUGUAUCGUGGCUACACAAGCCCAUUUGGCGGGUACUGGAGCCCAUGGGGAUGGCAGAGUGCGUCUGAGCCAUCAGGUGACGUCUCGAUCAUUGACAGGCUGCUGGCAAGUAUGAUAUCCGGUAUGCUGGAAGAUGCGAUGCCCUGGAAACCCUCAAGGGCCAGCAGCAUGUCUUCGUGGUGUCCUUUUACGGAAAUACGGCGCCUACCAGAAGCUCAACCCUCUGAAGGACUCGUACCCCCAGAGCUUAUGUGGCUGAUCGCUAUGACGGAAUCACUGCCAUUGGAAACACAAACACAGCGAUGAUGAAGCAUAAUUGUAAACAAGUAACAUAAUUGCCUCUCAACACAAUAAGUGUAUGACACUGCGUGUAAAAGAAAGUGCCCGAAACAGAUCAUGUGGGACGAUUCCAGUUCGUGACUUUUUUUAUUGUACACCUUUACUACAAAUUACUGGAAAUGACAUUUGCCUUUUUUCAUUCAUACCUGUGUAUACAAUAAAUUA